CAGCUGCAGCAGGCAGGCAUGGAGCAGAGAGACUCUGUUCAGGAUGCGCUACGGACGGAUGCCCGCGUCGGCGCGUCCUACGCCUCGCCCGGCGUUGCCUCGACGACCGCCACGGCAGCGCCCGUCGUCGUGACGACGGCAGUGCAGACGGGUGCGGCAGUGAUGGAGUUUGCGGCGGGCGAGGUGACACGUACGAAGCUGGAACCGAUGCAGGUGCUGGAGAUGGAGGAGGAGUCGGCCGGCGUCGCCGCCGCCAUGAUGCCCCCCUCCAUGCAGAUAAUGACGAUGACGAAUGAAGUCGUCAUGCCAACCGUGUCGCUGCUACUGGAGCCGUCAGCAGCUAACCCUCGACAACAGGUGGCGCCAUCGAUGCAGUCAGAAGGCCAACAGUCGUCGACCGACAACAGAAUAUACAAGGACAACGCGAACAUGUCAAGUCAGCAGAUGGCGCCAGAGUUUGCAAAGUCGACAACGCAGAAUGGUCCUGCCACGAACCAGCCCAUCGCUUACAAUCCAGAGGAGAUGUGGUGUGAGGACUGUCAGACUGUUUACAUCGGAGAGUGUCCGAAGCAUAAGAUCCGUACGGUCGUGGACAAGGUGGUGCUGCCACGUGCAUGGGCAAGCAUUCCCACCAACCUGCAGGUGCUACAGGCCCUCAGCGACGACGCCGCCGCCACAGGAGGAGGAGGAGAAGAGCUAAUAACAGAGCUGGGCGUCUAUGCUAAGCGUUCCAUACCGAAGCGCACACAGUUUGGACCGUUCCACGCACGGCGGGUUGACGAUCGCAGCAAGCUGCCCAGCAGACAGAAGCUCAUCCUACAGGUGGCAUGCAUGGAGACGGGGCAGAAGUACUGGCUGGACUACAGCGAUGACGCGGAGUCUAACUGGAUGCGGUUUGUGCGACCAGCGACGACGCAGAAGGACCAGAACCUAAUCGCCUACCAGCAUGGCAACGACAUAUUCUACGUCAGCAUACGGAACAUAGAGCCUAAGGAUGAGAUGAAGGUCUGGUACGCCGGUCACUACGCGAAGCGGCUUGGCCUGCCCCUCCUCCACGCGCCGCGCGAUCCGGCGCCCGCCCCCGUCGCCGCGACGACCACGACAACGACGACGCCGCAGGGAGCCGACACGCAGCUACGCGAGCGCAGGAAGACGAGAAGCUCAUCGGGCGCGCUGGAGGAGUGGCCGUGCUACGAGUGCAGCCGUAAGUUCCGCACGUCUGAGGCGCUGCAGGAACAUCUGAACGUUCACGAUGACCCGACUUUCUACCCAGACGCUGAGGAGACGGACGCGCCGUACAUGAUCAAGCGGCGGCGCGGACGGCCGCCGAAGAAAUUCAAAUACGUCGACGGCGAGGAGGAGUCUAACGGAAUGGAGACGGAGGAAAAGCUCCCGGCGAGCGACAGCGCCCCCUGGCCUGAAAGACCGAGACGCACGGCGACGGUGCCGUUCAAGAAGCGGAAACGCGGAAAGACGGCGAGAAAGUACUGGGAGAUCCCGACAAAGAAGGACUACAAGUGUUCUGUGUGCAGCAAGGUGUUCCCGCGUUCCUACAGCCUGCAGCGACACAUGCUGAUGCACAGCGGAGUGAAGCGCUUCCAGUGUCCGCUCUGCAAGAUGCGCUUCACUCACCAUUACAACCUCAAAAGACAUCUCAAGGACAAGCAUCCACCGUUCGUCGGCAUGGAUAUGUCGGCGUCUGCCACCGAGGUAGAGGAGUCUGCGGGGACGGGGACGGGGGGAGAGGGCGCUACGCUCUACAAGCAGCAGCUGGACAGUGAGACGGGGGGCAGCGAGUGGGUGUGCACGCACUGCUUCCUAGUCUUCAACAACUUCAACAUGCUCAACCUGCACACACUGACCCACGCCGCCGAGGACGUGCGCAUGCAGGAGGCGCAGCCCGCACAGCUCCAGGCGGGACAGGACGGAGAUAUCGUGACGAUGAAGCCAGAAGAAACAUUCCAGUGUCCGGAGUGCAUGCAGAUGUUUUUGCAGAAGAGGGAGCUGGUGGAGCAUGCCAGCACGCACGCGCGGAAGCAGAAGCCGACGACGACGGCUGCAGCGCGGGUGAACCCGGACAAACCGUUCAAGUGUACGCUGUGUUACAAGUGCUUCAGCACGCCCGAGCGACUCGAGAAACACCAGGCUGUGCAUGGAGACGACGAAUUGAAGCCCCUGCAGUGUGAGGUGUGCUUCAAGCGUUUCCUCAACAACUCAGCGAUGGCGUGUCACAUGAAGGUGCAUGAGGAGACUCGCUACUACACCUGUCCCUUCUGCAAGGAGCAGUUUAGUCAGGUGAACCACCUGAAGGAGCACGUCUUCGUGCACAUGGAGAAUGGCUUGUGGCCGUGUCCUCACUGUGAGAAGUCAUUCGAUGAGUACAACAUCUGUCGCAAGCACAUGCGCGCAUUCCACUCCGAGAAGCGCUAUCCGUGCCCACAGUGCGAGAAAGUGUUCCCGCGACCCGACAAGCUGAAGCUGCACAUGCUGAAGCACUCUGAGCAUCGAGAGUUCCUCUGCUCUCUCUGCGGCAAGCAGUUCAAACGCAAGGACAAGCUGAAGGAGCAUGUGAAGCGCAUGCACGACCCGUCGCGCGAGGCCAAGAUGGCAAACCGCCCCCCACGCAAGAACUCAGGAGCAAAGAAGUUCAUCCCUAAGGUGUCCCCCAGCGACUACCAUCGCUUCAUCUACAAGUGCCACACAUGUCUGCUGGGCUUCAAGAGACGCGGCAUGCUCGUUAACCACCUCGCUAAGCGGCAUCCCGAGAUACAGCCGGAGAGCGUGCCAGAACUCAACCUGCCCAUCCUCAAGACCCAGCGAGACUAUUACUGCCAGUACUGCGAGAAGGUGUACAAGAGCAGCAGCAAGAGGAAGGCACACAUAAUUAAGAAUCAUCCGGGAUCAGAGCUGCCUCCGAGUCACAGGAAGCGGGGUGACGACGGCGUAAACAUGGACAGCUAUUCACAGACGGUUAGCAGCGUCACGGCGACGCCGCAUCAGUGCGAGUAUUGCUACAAGCAGUACGCGAACAAGCAGAAGUUGAUGCAGCAUCAGCGCAAGAAACAUCCGGAGAUGGUGCCGCCGGCGCAGCAGCGCCCCCUGGCGUUGGCGCCGCUGGGGGCGGCGGGGCAGGCGCGUAUUGUGACGUCGACGCCAACGGGCCAGCUGUCGCGGUCGCCGGCGCCCCCGCAGCAGCAGCAGCAGCAGCAUGCGACGAUCGGUGGAGAGCUUCCGCAUGAGCGUAUGGAGCGGGUUGAGAUUCCGAUCAGCAUAGACAACAGCAGCCAGGCGACGGAUCUGCUCACGCAGGCGAUGUCCGAGCUUACCCAGACUCUCAGCGACUACAGGGUGCCGCCGGGGGAAUACCCGAUGCUAGCGGAGAGGCUGCAGGCUCCCAACCUGGUGCAUGGAGGUAACCCUCACACGACGAUUGACCUCAGCCAGCUGCAGCAGAACCUCACCAUUCACUACCAGCCAGCGCCCGCUCAGAUGUCUGCGACCCAGCUGAUGACUCACCAUGCUGCGGCGGCGCAGCACGCGAUGGGGAGUCCAGCGCAGAGCCCCGCGCCCGUCUCCACGCCACCAAUCACAAUGCCGCACCACCACUACCCUCCGCCGCCCACCAUGCGCACGGCGUGGACGCCUACCUUCCACCCCGGCUACCCGCCGCGGUAGCCCACCGUCACGCGGCGCCCCCUACCGGCCGCCGCCCACCAUGCGCGCGGCAUGGACUGUCACUCCAGAUGGCGCCGCCCAUGUUGUGGACUCACUCCAGGGGGCACCGGCUAUGUCGUGGACUGUCCCUCAAGGGGGCGCUGGAUAUGUUGUGGACUCGCUGCAGGGGGCGCCAGUUAUGUCGUGGACCGCAUCGUCGUCAUGGUGGUUGCUACGGGCCAUGUCGUUAAGACCUACAUGCACAUUGUUACACUGUGAUGGGUGGUGCCUCCUAUCUGUGCAUGUGGUUAGAACUUAGAUGUCUCUUUUCAUUGUACCAAAGGCCAAAGUGCAAAACUGAACUGUACAUACGCUAUAGAGAGAGAGAGGACUGGACUGCCGGUGGUGUAGGCAAUUGUAACAAUUGCUAGCUAGUCUACGCGUGAGAUGAUGGAUGCACACACACACAUACGCACGUGCACACACACACAAACAUACACAUAUACACACACAUACAUGCAUGCGCAU